AUGGCGCCGUUCUUUUCACCAAGAAAACCGAAAGCACCUAGUCGUAUCGAUACAGAGCAGCGGGCUACCAACUCGCACUACUACACAGCUUUCAAAGUCGUCCUAAAAAUCACCGUUAUUACUCUCGUUAUUUGCAUUGCUUUCUUACCAACAGUAGCACUUCGUAACAAACACGGACAUCAUUCUGACGAGGUUCUUGUUAAAAAUCCGGAACAUCCUGCCAAGUUUGAUGUCUCGACUGAACUUGAACGCCAAGUUACUCAUGUUCCACUUCGCUUUGUGAAGUCUGCGAAGUUACUUGUUCAACAAUUACGAAUUCGUGACUCGACAUUAGGAAAGUUGACGGAUAUUUCUGCUAGCAAACAAGUCGAAAGAUCUGAGGACGUCACUGAUGCUACUACUGAUGGUAUUCAAUAUGGAGAUGAUUCACUUGGUGGCUCAAAGCACCAAGCCAAGUCCGAAAUUGAACGAUUACAGCAUUGUUCUCCAGAGAUCAAAAGCAAGAACGGAGGGAAAUGUAUCAGACAAUUGCCUCUUCUCAUCAGAGACGACGACCGUGUAAUUUCAAGGCGUUGUUCUUGGCAGGAGCGACGCAAGUACGGCGGAAGGUGUGUCUCUCAUGAGUGGCAACCCACACCUCGCUCCUGGGUCGUGAAUGAGAAUACUGCUCUUUCCUCAGUCCACACGCUCAUGCCCACUUCUACUCAUCUGCCUGAGGUCAUCAACACUUGUUCCUACGAUAGUGGGGCCAAGAACGAUGGAAGAUGCCCCAAAGGAUUAGUAAAUGGUCUCGAGCCAGCAGAGAACAAACCAAUUUCUAUUUUGGUUAGGCCACCACCUUUCGAUCCCAAUAGGAAACAGCAAUCACGGGGAGCAGCAGUAGACGAGGAGACCAGUGUCAACUAUAGACCCUAUAAGGCAGAUUGGUGUAGACACGGUUGGGUCCGUACCACUGAUGGUUGGUGUAUCUAUCGGGGUAGCUUUGAACACCAGACGAUCAGACCGGAAAUUUUCAAUGAUCCAGCCGCUUCUAAAAGAUUGGUAUCUUCAGAAAAACAGCGUCGUGAAGCGAAAACAAAUGGACCAACUAAACUUGAACCCAGACCCUUUCAGGCUGCAUCAUGUCCAGAGUUUUGGGUCCAGACCAAUGACGGUUGGUGUUACUAUCGGGGCUCAUCGAGUAAGCCGUUGGGAUUUUGGGGACCCGAUACAAAGAAGUCAUUAUCUUCAGGGCAAAAACGUCGCAAUGAUGGUGUGAGCAACGAGGCCAAAGAAAUUAACACUGUCCAGGACGACUCAUUUCAUUGGAUCAUAAACGAUGACGGUGUCUGUGUUCCCGAAAGCACAAUAUGGGCUGAAGAUGAAGAUCCAGGAUUCUAUUCGGGAAUUCAUUCGCCAUUUGACUCAGGGCUUGAUACAGUCGAGUCCAUAAAUUCAGGUAUUCCAGAAGACUGCAUGGGUGCAGCCUUUCCUGCUUCUUCGUGCCCAUCUCCUUGGAAGUACGAUGAUGGCUGGUGCAUGUGGCUUGGUGAUGGUAUCGAUCCCGAUUGGAGGAGAUCAUUUCUAGAGACUGUUGGGCUAAACUUUCAACGUCGUAAUAAAGCUGAAGGCCAGAAGACACAGGUUCUUUCUUCACUGACUAGUAACGGGCUUUCAUCUAACAUAGAACAUAAACUUUCUGUUACAACAUCGUCGCCAAAGCAUCCUGCGACUACCACUACUACACAUACUUCUAGUUCCAACUCUAUCUCUACCUCCAUCUCUCCUACUAACACUCACCCUUCCGCCACAGUUGGAAAGUGUGACCCCCCUUGGAUUCGUACUAUGGAUGGUCGGUGCUUCUUUGAUCCCAAUUAUGAACGCAAGCAUCCUCAUGAUCCAUUGUCCCGGCCUCGAAAGACAAUCCGGCAACGACGCGGUGAAUCUAUAAGCGAAGAGCGUGAAGAGCGUGAUGUUGCUCCAAGUUGGCAAGCUGAUUCAUGUGAGCCGCCCUGGGUUCGUACUAAUGAUGGGUUAUGUAUAUAUAGACCAGACUACAAGCAAGGAACACAUGCCUCUCUGCCCAACAAUACAGAACAAUUCAAUAUCACGAAUCAAUCCAAUGACACACCACAACCCAGUGUAACGGAAAAACCAGAUCAAUCAACUGCUACAGCACAACCAACUCCCAUGGAGACAGUAACUCGCAUCCGCCACUGCAUCAAUGACUUACGAGGAAAUCUUCAAUGCUUUGAUGAGUCGCCUGGACCUUUGCCUACAUCUACACGAGUUUCGUCAGCCCGUCAUCGUCGAGGCCUUUGGCCCGCAGAUUGGGUACCACAAACACCAAGCGACUGUGAUCGUUUUCUCGGAAACACAUUUAAGCACUACCAGUGUCUCCAAUCGGUUAAACACAAAAAUGUCGGAUUAAAACUCAUCAUGGCUUUCCUACUUCUAGCUGGAUUUGGUUCUCUUGUAUUCCUCAUCAUCACUUGUGUUAAUCGAGCUGCAUGUCCGAAAGCUCAGCCGUUCAGACAAAUGAGCGGGACUGUCGAUGCAAAUGGUAUGACUCAACAUUCAACACCUUUGUGCAACAAUUAUCCUUGGAAUAACAAAAAAGAUUCAACAAAUGUAAUGGACGGAGAUCGAUGGGCUAGGGGUCCGCCUGCUUACGAUCCCUUGAGACAAUUAAGUCCAGAGCAUUCGGGUAGUCUAGUUGCUUGUACCAGGGAAAAUAAUUGCGCAAGUGGUAGUUCGGAUUCGAAUCAGAGUUGGGUUAGAAAAUUGUGUAAUAAAUGUUUCAAGAGUCGAACCAAUUCGUCGGCCUCAGAUAGAGAAGCACAGGCUGGAAAUGUGGGGAACGGGUUGAGGAAAAAUAAUCAUAGGAUUGAUACGCUGAGAUUGCCAAGUGCAAAGCUGGCGACGGUAAGGAGGGCAAGUGGAUUACCGAGUGACGAGAAUGGAGAUGUGUUCGUGGGUGGAAGUACGGAGACGGUGGUGAUUGGAAGUGUAGGGAAGGGGUCGGGGAGUGCGGUGGGUAUGAGAGGUUCGGAUAGUGGUUCUGCUGAUGUUGCAGCUGAUGUUGCAGCUGAUGUUGCAGCUGCUGGUGCGGGUGGUUUGAUGAAAUUGGGAAAUCUUAGUGGUGAUACGCUUGUGGAGCCAGAACCGGCGAUGUUAGAGUGUAGGAGUGGCAAGGAUGGAAAGGAUGGAAGGGAUAUCGGAAUUGUGGAGAUGGGAGGUGGCUUAAAGACGGGAAAUGGCAAUGCGAAGAAGGUGGAGUUUGGGGGAGGAGAGGAAUUUGAAGAGGUGCGUGGUUGGAGGGAUGUUCAGAGGGUUGAACCGUUGAAGGUUGAGAAGGUUGAUAAGGAGAAUGUGAAUGUGAAGAAGAUGGGAGAGGGUGAGAGAAAGGGUGAUGAGGUGGAGAUGAUGUUGAUGACGGUUGAGGAGGAGGAGAAUGAUGAGAAUGAGAGAAGAGGCGAAUUUGAGAGGAGGUCUAGUAUUGUUUGUGUUAGUGGAUGUUAG